AUGGCAGCCCUCACGGCCGCCGCAUCCCGCGUCAAGGUCACUGCCGCCGUGAGCGUCUCCCGCGCCGCCGCCUCCGCAGCCCAGCACCUCAGCACCACCGCCACCGCCGCCGACCACCGCCCCAACAACCCCCCGUACUGUAGCAAUACCGCAGACAAAGAGCUCUACCUCUCCGUCCUCACCUCAACCUCCACCAAGCGCGAAGCCCGCUCCUACCUAAAGCGCUUCACCCCCGCGCCCGCCAUCCUGAAAUACCUCAAAGAGUCCUCAUUCACGCAGCCCGGCGCCCCCACCGCCGCCCUGCCGCCGCCACCCACCGCCGACCUCCACAUCGGCAUCGUGAAGAUCCGCGACGCGGCAACAAUCGACACACCCACGCUGCGCGGCAUCGGCCGCACCCUCUCGCAGCUGACCCGGCUGGGCCUCUACACCGCCGUCAUCCUCGAUGAGCCGCCCCCUCCCGCCCCCGGCCAGCUGUCCCAAUGGCGCCGCCACAUCGAGGCGCAGUGCGACCGUGUCCUGGCCGCCAUCGAGGCAUCCGGCGGGCGGGCGAGGCGCGUCGACGGCUGCACCACUACCACCACCUCCCCCGGAGCCCCCAGCUCCCUCACCAUCAGCACGCCAGAGCUGCUCCUCGCGCCGCUCGCCCGCGGCGUGAUCCCCGUCCUCCCCCCACUCUCAAUGACGACCGCGCACAUGUACGCCGCGGCCACAGGCGACGACCUGCUACUAUGCCUCACGACGCUGCUGGCAGCGCAGGAGGGCGUCGCGCUGGACCGCAUCAUCCUCCUCGACCCCCUCGGCGGCAUCCCGUCGCACGACCGCCCCGCGGGCGCACACGUGUUUAUCAACCUUGCGCAGGAGCACGCCACCAUCACGGGGCACCUGCCCGCCGACUCGCCGCACGCCAGGAAUCUACACACGCUGCGCACGGCGCUCGAGGGGCUGCCUGCUACGAGCUCCGCGCUGAUUACGACGCCGUUGCUGGCCGCCGCCGCCGCCGCCGCCGCCGCCGCGGCCACAACCCCCCCUAGCACCCCCAGCACGACCGCAACCACAAAGACAAAAAACCCGCUAAUCCACAACCUCCUCACCGACAAGCCGCUCACCUCGUCUUCGCUGCCCGUGCAAGCGCACCACACGGGGACGCUCACGACGCUGCUGAAGCGCGGCAUCCCGCUGACCGUCCAUGUCGGCACGCAGCUCUCGCACGGGUCCAUCGACCUUCCAAAACUCGUGGCGCUCGUCGAAGACUCGUUCGGGAAGCGGCUGGAUCUGGAACACUAUUUGAACAGGGUGGAUGGGCGCGUGGCGGCGCUGGUGGUGGCCGGCGAGUAUGAGGGCGCUGCUAUUGUCACUUGGGAGUAUCCCGACAGCGACAGUGACAGCGACGUGGGGGCUGUCGCUGCCCACCCCCCCUCCGACACCGCCACGCACUGCGACGCGGAGGCGGCCGAAGCGGCCGCCGUGCGCCUCGCCAGCGCGCCCCUAGCCGCAAGGCCGAAGCGCGUGCUCUACCUGGACAAGUUCGCGGUGCUGAAGCGCAGCCAGGGCACGGGCGGCGUUGCGGACGUGGUGUUUAAGGGCAUGGUGGAGGCUGUGCGCAGUGGGCGGCUGGAUGCGGAGGGGAUUGUGUGGCGGAGUCGGCGGUGGAACCCGGUUAAUAAGUGGUAUUUCGAGCGUGCAAAAGGAACAUACAAGAUCCCCCACAGCGGGUGGACGAUGUUCUGGACGUCGCGGGAUGCGGGCGCGGAUGCGGAGGGCGUGCGGAGGUUUAGGGAGUAUGAGAGGGUUUGCAGGGCGAUUGUGCCGAGUCUUGUGGACGAGUAG